CGGAGGGGUACUCGGGAUCCGACAGCCGGUGGGUCCAGGCCAUGGGGCAGCCCUGGGCGGUGGGGAGCGCGGAGGGGGCGCCCGCGCGGCUGCCUCUCGUGCUCACUGCGCUGUGGGCCGCGGCUGUGGGCCUGGAGCUGGCCUAUGUGCUGGUUCUAGGUCCCGGGCCGCCCCCGCUAGGACCUCUGGCUCGGGCCUUGCACCUAGUGCUGGCCGCCUUCCAGCUGCUCAACCUGCUGGGCAACGUGGGGCUCUUCCUGCGCUCGGACCCCAGCAUCCGGGGCGUGAUGCUGGCCGGCCGCGGUCUGGGCCAGGGCUGGGCUUACUGCUACCAAUGCCAAAGCCAGGUGCCACCCCGCAGUGGGCAUUGCUCCUCCUGCCGCGUCUGCAUCCUUCGCCGGGAUCACCACUGCCGCCUUCUGGGCCGCUGUGUGGGGUUCCGCAACUACCGGCCCUUCCUGUGCCUGCUGCUUCAUGCUGCAGGCGUCCUGCUGCAUGUCUCUGUGCUGCUGGGCCCUGCCCUGUCAGCCCUCCUGCGAGCCCACGCGCCCCUCCACACCGCCGCCCUCCUCCUGCUGCCCUGGCUCAUGCUGCUCACAGGCAGAGUGUCUCUGGCUCAGUUUGCCCUGGCCUUUGUGACCGACACGUGUGUGGCAGGUGCACUGUUGUGCGGGGCUGGGCUGCUCUUCCAUGGGAUGCUGCUGCUGAGGGGCCAGACCACAUGGGAGUGGGCUCGGGGCCAGCACUCUUACGACCUGGGCCCUUGCCACAACUUGCAGGCGGCCCUGGGGCCCCGCUGGGUCCUCAUCUGGCUCUGGCCCUUCCUGGCCUCCCCAUUGCCUGGGGAUGGGAUCACCUUCCAGACCACAGCUGAUGCGGGCCUCGUGGCUUCCUAACUUCAGGAGGAGCCGGAGCUGUUCAGGGAGAGGGUAGCAGGAAAGGGGGCUCCUAACUCCUUUUGGGCCCAUCCCCAGCCUCCCGUCCCAUCCUUGGCCUUGCCCCUGCCCAGCCUGGACUCCCAGUGUCCAGGGUUUGGGUCCUGCAGCUCUGCCUCUAUUGGCCCCCCGAGUAGAGUGGACAGUUGGUAAGGGGCUGCUUGGCCAGCCUAGUCACCCCUUUGCCGGGUUAAUAAAGUGCCCACUUGGUUCUUGGACUCUCUCCAUCUUUCUGGGUUUCUGGUCCCUCGCUGUUGCCCAGGCUGCUGUUUCUGGUUUCCUCUGAUUGUCACGCAUGGGAACCACAGAAUGCCUGAGGGCUUAAGGGGCCAGGGCUCUUCUGUGGCUUUGGUGUGGGGGUGCUGGGGCACCAGCAGACCAAGGUGGCGUGUGGUGAUCCAGGGAAUGAGAAUCCAACAUUCUUUCCCAGGUUCAGUGCUUUAUGGUUAGAAGCCUCUCCACAACACUCACUGUGUCUCCCUCUGGCUACUCUGGUACCAGGGGCAGCAGUUAUGAGGGUUGAUGUGAGAAGAUCAUGGGGCAGUGAAUGGAGGAGUCAGGAUUUGAACCCAGAUCUUUGUGCUUUCUCUUUCACCCUUGCACGGCUGAGGAAAGUGAGUAGCAAAAUCGAGGCAGAGAAAUCAGGUGGAUGUUCAAGCAUCUGCAGGAUGGUGCUCAGAAGGCUAAGCUCUUCCUCUCUCGACUCUUCAGGAGCUACCUGUUAAAUUUUUAUUUAAAUAUAGUAAAUAGACUUCCAGUUAAACUUAGCAGGUUUAAACACAUGGGUUUAUCUCUGUUUCCUUUUAAAAUCUGAUAGUAAAGACAUAAAACAUAUAAAUUUAUAAGGACAAAGAAAAUAGAAGGGAGACAGGAAUAGAUCAAAGAGCCUGAUGACAUUCUGAAAGAUGGGAAGUGGAUGGGGGCUCAUUUCCUCUCAGCAGAGAAUUAGAAGUUAAUUCCUAGAGGGAGGGGCCAAGAGGCAGCCAAACUGCCCCUCGCCCCCAGAGCCCUGGAGAGGCUCAGGAACUCUCCUGGCACCAUGGAAGGCAGGGUUUGGGACUGACAGACCCAAAGUCUGUAUGAGGAGCAGCUAGGUUGUCCCUUACCCCCCAGGGCAGGGUUUGGGACUGACAGCAGGGUUUGGGACUGACAGACCCAAAGUCUGUAUGAAGAGCAGCUAGGUUGCCCCUUCCCCCCCCCCCCCGCCAGGGCCCCCUUGCAGCCAAGCAGCUACCCCUCUGAGGUACAGAUGGGGGCUAUUCAAAGAAGCUUAGGGUCUCAGGGGAGGGCUGGGGGUGAGGGGCUGGACCAAAAAUGGGGUUAAGUGAAAAAGUCUACAGAUGCUGCCUUGGGUGGUAGAGAUGUCAUCCAGUGACAUGGCAGGCUUGUCACCCAGGAACCCUCAGAGAAGCCCAUCCUUCUGAGAGGCGCUGCCCCUACCUACAAACCUUUGAGCUGCUAGGACUUCUUUGUUUUCCCAAAUGGCACGUUCAACUGCUAGUUCUUAACAGUUAGGAAAGUGGUGUGCCUGGCGCUUUGUGCUGUACGGAAGCAUGGGCAGACUUCUUGUCUUCUCCUCCGCUUUCUGUUGUUUUUAUUAAAUAGUAAAGAGAUGCAAGAAAAUAUUUAUAAAACAAAUUCCCUCCUUCUCCCUAUUUAAGAAAUGGAUACCACUUCCUUUGAAGUCCCCACUGCCCCUCCCCGGUGGAGAAAACACUGUACUGUCUGAAUCAUUCCCUUGCUUUGCCUUGUAAUUGUAUUACCUAGGUUUGUAUUGGUUUUGCAUGUUUUUGAAUUUUAUAUAAAUGGAAUCAUACUGUUUAUUCUUCUGUGACUUGCCUUUUCACUCAAUACUAUGUUUCUGAGAUUUAUCCAGAUGAACGUGUAGAGCUGUAGGGCAUUCCUUCUCCUUGCUGUGUAGUGAGCCAUUGACUAUACCACAACGUAUUUUUCCACUGUCACCCCUAUUGUAGGACUCCCUACGAUCUAUUCUUGGUCCUUGCUCUUUCAUAUAGAUUUUAGGAUCCACUUGUCAAGUUCCACAAAAAAAAAAAAAAAAUCCCGUUGAGACUGUGAAUGAAACCCAACUGAAUCUAAAGAUCAACAUCCAUAUGAAAUUGAAAUUGCAUUUUUCAGUUCAUGAACAUGGUGUGUCCAUUAAAUGUUUUCAAUAAAGUUGUAUACUUUUCUUCAUAAAGA